AGUGGCAGAGAUCAGACAAGACACACAAAAUUUCUGCAGCGCCAGCGUUCUGGAUGGGGAGCAGCCACCAGGCAUGAACGAAGCCCGGAGCUGGGCACUGCGCACGGGGUGCAUUUUGCAUAGUAUCAGAGACCAAUUCACCCCACAAAAAGCGACAUGAUCCCUGACUCCUCUACUGAAGAUGGAAUUAAAAGAAUCCAAGAUGAGUGCCCCAAGGCUGGCAGGCACAAUUACAUAUUUGUCAUGAUCCCUACUCUCUACAGCAUCAUCUUCGUGGUGGGAAUAUUUGGAAACAGCUUGGUGGUAAUUGUCAUUUACUUUUACAUGAAGCUAAAGACUGUGGCCAGUGUUUUCCUUCUGAAUCUCGCCCUGGCUGAUUUAUCUUUUUUGUUGACUUUGCCACUGUGGGCAGUCUAUACCGCUAUGGAAUACCAGUGGCCCUUCGGCAGUCACCUAUGUAAGAUUGCUUCAGCCAGCAUCAGUUUCAACCUCUAUGCCAGUGUGUUUCUGCUCACGUGUCUCAGCGUCGAUCGCUACCUGGCCAUAGUCCACCCUAUAAAGUCUCGUCUCCGCCGCACGAUGCUGGUGGCCAAAGUCAUCUGCAUCAUCAUCUGGCUGAUGGCUGGCUUGGCCAGUUUGCCAGCCAUCAUCCACAGAAAUGUAUAUUUCAUCGAGAACACUAAUAUCACAGUUUGCGCUUUUCAUUAUGAGUCUCAGAACUCAACACUCCCCAUUGGACAGGGUCUAACGAAGAACAUUCUGGGCUUCGUGUUCCCUUUCUUGAUCAUUCUGACCAGUUAUACUCUUAUUUGGAAAGCACUAAAGAAGGCUUAUAAAAUUCAGAAGAACACGCCAAGAAAUGAUGACAUUUUUAGGAUAAUUAUGGCAAUUGUGCUUUUCUUUUUCUUUUCCUGGGUUCCCCACCAAGUAUUCACUUUUCUGGAUGUGCUCAUUCAACUGGGUGUCAUCCGUGACUGUGAAAUUGCCGACAUCGUGGACAGUGCUAUGCCCAUAACCAUCUGCAUAGCUUAUUUUAACAAUUGCCUGAACCCUCUGUUUUAUGGCUUUCUGGGGAAAAAAUUUAAAAGAUAUUUCCUCCAGCUUCUGAAAUAUAUUCCCCCAAAGGCCAAGUCACACGCAGGCUUGUCAACAAAAAUGAGCACUCUUUCCUAUCACCCUUCAGAUAACAUGAGCUCCUCUGCCAAGAAAUCUGCGUCUUGUUUUGAAGUGGAGUGA